UUCACACAUUUCAUCCACUGGAAACUCCGGGUUAUCCCUCGACGUUAUGGGCGUACCUACGUGUUUUUUUCAUCACUGAGGAGUAAGGUGAGGGACGGGGUCAUAAGUCCAUAAAUACUUGGUGUGGCACAGACGUUGGAUGGGACCCUGGAGAGGUAAAUAGUGCUGGAGGAACCUCGCGCACGGGAGAGUAGCGGCGACUUUUCUGCAAGCUGAUACCUCAUUUGUAAGAAGGCUUGACUGGUGGAAAAAAAAAAAAAAGAAAAGAAAAGAAAAAAAAGCCUCCAGUUACCACCGUGAAAGUUGUGGUGCCUCUGGCAAAUAUGGAGAGUCUAUGAUAUCUAUGAUGGCAGAGAUAUAAAUUGCUUUAUUUCUCUCACAGAGUGCGAUGUAGUUCAAGCUCACAUCCCAGAGUGAGCUAUUUGUCAAGAUGACAGCGCUUACACCUUUGAACCGUGCCGUACUUGGACUUGCUUGGAGCUGUUUGAGUUUUCUGUCCUGCGCCCAUUGCGGGUUAAGUGACAACCAUGUGCACUCCAGUUUUAUUUACAGGAGGUUGCGCAACCACGAACGCAGGGAGAUCCAGAGAGAGAUCCUCUCCAUCCUGGGUUUGCCUCACCGCCCGAGGCCCUUCUCUCCCGGGAAGCAGGCGUCCUCCGCGCCGCUCUUCAUGCUCGACCUGUACAACGCAAUGGCCGUUGAGGAGGAGGAGGUGGGGGUGCAGCAGGGCGCAGGGAAGAGCUUCGGUGCCAAGGCUCAAGGGCACUCCAGGAAAGGUUACUACAGCCCCCAGCUUGCCGGAUACUCCCGCGUGGCACAGCCUUACCGUGCGGCCCCUCUGUUAGGCCACAGCCCCGCACUCACCACAGCGCAGGACACCAGCUUUCUCAACGACGCCGACAUGGUUAUGAGUUUUGUCAAUUUAGUGGAGAAAGAUAAAGAUUUUUCUCACCAACGAAGACACUACAAGGAGUUCCGUUUUGAUCUGACUCAGAUCCCAGAUGGAGAGGCGGUGACCGCUGCAGAGUUUCGGAUCUAUAAGGAUCGCAGUCAUGCCCGCUACGACAAUAUUACUCUGAAGGUUGCCAUAUAUCAAGUCAUCAAGGAAUAUCAAAACAAAGAUGCAGAGACGUUCUUGCUCGACUCCAAAAACGUUCAGGCAUCCGAUGGGGGCUGGCUGGUGUUUGACAUCACGGCCACCAGUAACCACUGGGUGAUGAACCCACAGCAGAACCUGGGCCUGCAGCUCUGUGUGGAGACUGUAGAUGGACGAAGUAUCAACUUAAAAUCUGCUGGAAUCAUUGGGAGGAACGGGCCCCAGUCCAAACAGCCAUUCCUGGUUGCUUUCUUCAAGGCCAGUGGGGUGUUGCUUCGCUCUGUCAGAGCUGCUGGUGGGAAAAAGAAGCACCACAAUCGCAAUAAAUCUACUACUCAACAAGAAUCAUCUAGGGCACCGAAAACUGGAGAUUAUAACACCAGUGAACAGAAGCAAGCCUGUAAGAAGCAUGAACUUUAUGUCAGCUUUCGAGAUUUGGGCUGGCAGGAUUGGAUCAUUGCUCCUGAGGGCUAUGCUGCUUUUUACUGUGAUGGUGAAUGCUCGUUUCCACUCAAUGCACACAUGAACGCAACUAAUCAUGCAAUUGUGCAGACCUUGGUCCAUUUAAUGUUUCCUGACAAUGUGCCAAAGCCAUGCUGUGCCCCAACCAAGCUCAACGCAAUAUCAGUACUUUACUUUGAUGACAGCUCAAAUGUUAUACUCAAGAAAUAUAGAAAUAUGGUAGUUAGGUCUUGUGGUUGCCAUUAGUGGCUGGGCUGACUUUAAUUUAUGUUAACGGGAAUCGCUGGAAAACACAUCUCCUGCAGGUGUGAUGUGAUGUACAGUAUUAUGUAUAUAAAGUUUUAUUACCUAAUUUAUUUUUCUUUUUUUUAAUAGCACUGAAUAUUGUGAUAUUUAAAUGAUUAGGACAAAAUGAUUUUACUUUACGCCAGUUAUCUCUUAACUUUUGUGUCCGUUGGCAUAUACUCCAUCUUAGUUACAUCUGUAUGAUAACUUUUAUGAGUAAACUAUUCACUGGAGUCAUCAUGAUACAUAAGGCCACUUCCCCUUCUGCUUGUUUUCCCCUUUUCCAGUAUAAAAUGUGCUAUAAAUGCUCACUGAGCUAUCUAGAGGUGUUGUGUUUUUCUUCAGUGCUAAUUUUGUAACUUGUUUGUUUCCAUAAUGGACCAACAAUUUAAAUGACUGAUACAUACGGAAUACUGUCACAAAGGGCUGCAUCACAAAUUCAAUGGAUAAACAAGGAAGACCUCAAGAUGAUGCUACUAGCACUAACAUCACAACUUGAACAGGCUGUUGGAAACAUUUAAAAUCAAAUUGCAUCACUGGAAAAAAAAGAACCAAACAAAACAAAACAAAAAACUGUGAGUGUUCUCAAAUAUAAACCACACUGCCCAAAGCUAUUUUCAAGCCGUCACCGUCUUUCAGCACUGAUACUGUUUCACCUUUUCCAUGUCAGCUUUAUUUGUUUUGUUUUUUUUUUAUAAGGGAGUGUGUUCUCAGAAGGGGAUUAUAUCAGUCUGGAAUGAAAUUCUUAUUAUGUUGAGUGUUCACUAAUGAAUGCUUUAUUAUUUAUGUAAUUUUUUUUACACAAUGUUAAUGUAAUUCUCUUCCAUAAACACUGUUUCUUGUUCCUCUGUGGAUUUGUCAUAGCUGCAAACGUCUUUGCUCCAUACUAAUUGUAGUUCUGUUUCAGGAAAGUAUACCAUAAUGUAGAGUGU